AUGAAUAAUAACAAUCCUCUCCAAAUUACACCCGUCACUGGCUUCAAUGCUCACCACAGCCAUUACGCAGUGACAAAACAGCGACACUACGCCGCUUUAAACUUGCAACUUGAGCAUCUUCAAGUUAACAUGGCGAAACUGGAAAAACAUGUCGAAACCACCGCGGAACGGUUGAGAAUGAUUGAGAACUUUGGGAUUGCGCAAGGAGCUUUAUUCAUGGCAUCUAAUCGAGUUUUAGGACCACGAGAGAGUAAUGAUUUAUAG